CAAUGGAUGUUCAUAUAAAUACAUAAUUCAAUAUAAUGCAAAUAGAGAAAUUAUACCUAAAUAGAAAUUUAUUACGUGAUUAGAGGAUUAUUGUUUAUUUUGUGUCUUCUACAUAUUACAUAUGACUUUCUUACUUAUAUUUAAGAACAUAUCUAAGAAGGUUUAUCCAUAUUGUAUGAUAUAUUUAUCUUAUAAAAUUGAGUUAGUUUAUCAGUAAACUCUCGCACAAUAACUGCAACGCGUGGAUAAUAUGCAGUUAAUGUGGUCAACUUUAUGUAUAUUACAUCAAGUUGCAUGUUCAGAAUUUUUAAUUGUUUGCUAGUUUAGUGUCUCGAAUUUUAAAUAGUUUAGUUUGCGUAAAUGUAUUGCAUUAUCUGUAACCUGAAUUGGAAAUCGAAUAAGAAACAGACAUACUAAGAUAUCGAAAAAUUUAACAAGUAGGCAAUGGUUGUAUUUUACAGAAAAUUGACAAUUCAAAUUUGGAUAAAAUGUUGGUAAUUUAUUGUAACGUAAACUAUGAUAUAUCAGAUUGACUGUAAAAGUAAAUCUAUGAAUUUAUGAAAUCUAUGAAAAAAAAAAUCUAUGUAUGUACAUUAUUAAAUAAUGUAUCAUAGAUGAUACUGCUAUAUGUAUAUUAUUAUUACAUGUAUAGACAAAACUUAUGUCAUAUGUGUUGUUAGUAUAUUAUGCAUAUUUUUAUACAUACCUAUUUGCGUAUUUUAAAUUGUUUUUAGAUAUUUAAUGUGUAGAAAUAUCUAUAAUCUGUUUAUCAAUCAAUGAUUGUUUUAGGACGUUUAACUAUAUCGUCAUUCUGAUAACGAUAUCAAUAAUUUUGCAGAGUUUAUUUGCUAUAUAAUCACUAUUGCGUACCCCACUCCUUUUAUAUGGAAGUACGGUAUGCUGUUCGGUGCAAGUACGGUAUACCCGCUCAAUGUGAUGACGAAGUGAGUGGAAUUGAAAGGUAGAAAGUAUCGUUAUACUUCAGAAGGCGGAUCGAAGUUCUGGAUAAAUAGAUUCUUUUAUUGUAUGUUAUUGCAAUUAGUAAGAGCAAAUUGUUUUAAAUAUGAGGUUUUUUAGUAACUAUUGUAACAACGAUGUUCGUUUGAUGGGAAAAACUGUAAUUAUAACAGGUGCAAAUUGUGGAAUUGGGAAAGAAACAGCUAGGGACAUAUAUAGAAGAGGUGCUCGAGUGAUUUUAGCUUGUCGUGACAUUAAUAAAGCAACAGAAGCAGUGAAUGACAUAAAAGAAACUACGUCAAGUGCCGAUGAGAAAAACCCUGAAGAUAAACCAGGACAAUUAGUAAUUUGUCAGUUGGAUCUCAGUAGUUUAACAAGCGUUAAGAACUGUGCACAGCACCUUUUAAAAACUGAACCGGCCAUCCACAUAUUAAUUAAUAAUGCAGGAGUAUUCUUGCAUCCAUUUGAAAAAACUGAAAAUGGUUUCGAGACUCAUAUUCAAGUGAAUCAUUUGGCACAUUUUCUUUUAACACUUCUACUGUUACCAAGAAUAAUAGAAUCAGGACCAGGUUGUAGAAUAAUUAACGUUUCAUCAGCUGCACAUUUGGGUGGUAAUAUACAUUUUGAGGAUUUAAAUUUGGAACGUUCUUACUCACCUGUUAGAGCUUAUUGUCAAAGUAAGCUGGCCAAUAUCUUAUUUACUAAAGAAUUGAAUAAACAGUUAAUCGCUGAAAUUCAAGGCAUACACGUAUAUUCUUUACAUCCUGGAGUAGUGAAAACAGAAUUGUGUCGAUAUAUGGAUGCAUCGUUUUUCCGAGGUAUGACAUCAAUUGUAAGGUUGAUCCAGCCUUUCAUGAAAACUGCUGAACAGGGUGCUCAAACGACUUUAUAUUGUGCUGUAGACGAAAAUGCAGGAAAAGAAAGUGGUCUAUAUUAUGACAACUGCAGAACAGCAAGACCCUCGUCAAAGGCUUGUAACGCUGAAUUAGCAAGCCGAUUGUGGAAACGUAGUUGUGAAUUGCUCGGUUUGCCAUCGGAAGUAGGGUUUCAAGAACUAGUAAAAACAAUCAGUGGUGAAGAAGUUGAACAAUAAGAAUAUGUUUAUAUAAAGAACAUUCAUACAAAAAACGAAGAUAUUUAAAGACCAGAUUCUGAAGAUCAAGUCGGAAUAUUAAUAGUAUCAUAUGAUUGGAAUGUUUUCGAUUACAACAUUCAUAUCGUGAGGUCGCUUAAUUUAUGGUUGAAAUGUGUUACAUGUAGUGUAAAAGACAAGAAGUAAGGAACGAAGUACGUUUAUAAAUAUGUCUCAAGUUAUAAUUGACAUUACGAUUUACUCUUUCUUUUGAGUAUUUUAAUCGCACGUCUAUCGUUAGUUACGGGUAUACAUGGACUGUUACGAAUUGUGUAAGAUGUUACAUUUUAUGUUUCUUAAAAUAACAAUUAUAUUGACACUAAAAUAGUUUCGCUUUAAUUACUAAUUUUCUUUAGUACGCAUUGAGAUAUGUUAUUUUCUCACCUCUAAUAAGUUUGUACAAAAUUCAAGAACAAGGACUAAUAUUCAAAAUUGAUUAAAUGCAAUAAUUUUUUAAAUUUAA